AUGUCUUCUCUAGCAGACGAGCUACUGGCUGAUCUGGAUGGCUCGGACGAUGACGCACCAGCAGACGACUACGAAGCCUUUGCGACGAACGGACACGUCGCAUCGGUCAACGGCAAGGGCAAGGGACGAGCGAGUGAAGAUGACGAGGAGAUGGACGAGAGGGACGAGCAAGAGAUGAAGCAAGAGGAUGACUUAUUGCCUAUACCCGAAGGAGGCAUAGCGCCUGCAGAGGAACUGGAUGCAGAGGAAGUCGAGAAGAUGCAGACGAGUACGAUCGAUUCCGUCAGGCAGAUAGCAAAACUUGUCUCGACUGCCCGCUUCAGGGACACACUGGCUCAAGUGGAGCAAUACUCUGCUCAGACACCGGGCGACAUGUCAUCCUCCGACUCGCCAGAGUAUCGGCUCAUCGUACAGGCUAACAAUCUUGCUGUCGAAAUCGACAAUGAGAUAUUGCUGGCUUACAAGUUUGCUCGAGAUCAUUAUUCGCCGCGGUUCUCUGAGCUGGAGCAGCUGCUGAGCGACUUUGCACCCACUGAUUAUUGUCGCGCCGUCCUUGCCAUUGGCAAUCCAGAGGACUUGGGGACGCCCGAUCUCAAGGGCGUGCUGCCGUCAGCGACAGUCAUGGUCGUCACCGUCACUGCAACGACAAAUGCCGGCCGACAAUUGACGGCCAAAGAAUGGCAAGCCGUUCAGGACGCCUGUGCGAUGAUCGCGCAGCUUGAAGCCGCUCGGCGAACGAUUAUCGAGCAUGUCAAAUCGCGCAUGAGUCUUCUCGCGCCCAACCUGACAGUUCUGCUCGGCACCGAGACAGCUACAAAACUGCUCGGCGUUGCAGGCGGCGUGACUGCGUUGAGCAAGAUGCCAGCUUGCAAUAUCCAUCUUCUCGGCGCUCAGAGAAAGAGCGCUUCCGGUAUCGCGACAGGGUCCCAUCUCGUACAAAGGCGGCACACUGGCUUCAUCUAUGCUUCUGACCUCGUCAUGAGUCAAGCGGAAGAGUACAGAGUCAAGGCUCAACGCAAGAUCGGCGCAAAGGUCGCACUUGCCGCCAGGAUCGACGCGCGACGACAGUGCAAAGACGGAUCGUUUGGUCUCAAAGUAAGAGAGGAUAUCGAGACCAAGCUUGACAAGCUCGCCGAACCGCCACCCGCUAAGCUCACAAAAGCGCUGCCCGUGCCUGCAGAGGGAAAGAAGAAACGCAGGGGUGGCAAGAGAGCGCGGAAGGCGAAGGAAGCCUAUGCAAUGACCGAGCUUCGUAAGCUCCAGAACCGACAGAUGUUCGGCGAAGCAGAGGAAGAAGACGGCGCCUUCGACGAAACCAAAGGCCUGGGCAUGAUCGGCAAAGCGACUGGCUCUAUCCGUGCAAAUGUAGCCGACACGCGCACGAAAGCCAAGAUGUCAAAAGCGAGCAAGAACCGCCUCUCGAUGCUUCGAGCGGCUACGUCUGGGUCACAGACCAGCGGCACUGCUUCAUCGCUCUCCUUUACGCCCCAUCAAGGUCUCGAGAUCAUCGAUCCGACACGGGCGAAUCGUGUGGAGGAAGCAAACAAGAAGUGGUUUGCUGCUGGCUCCUUCAGUCAUAUCCCCAGCAAGGGCUCGCCUGUUCAAGCGCCCCAGCGUUGCAUUGCUGAGAUGCAGGCCCAUCGGAGGCUGCUGUGGGAUCCCUCAGGCCAGUCCGAGCGCUUCGUCGUGGCGAGCAGCAGCGACGUCAAGCUGUACGAGCUCGGGCAAGAGCGCAGGCGUCAAACGGUCAAGACGGUCGCGGCUUACUCUGACUUGGCUGCCGUGAGGAGUUUGGCCUGGUCUUACUCGCAUCCCAACCUCAUCGCACUCGGCAUGCUCUCCGGAAAAUGCAUACUUCUUCACAUGGCCACCAGCCAAAGUGUCGAGCCAAACACUCCUUCGACGCCUGGACAGGUACAAUUACAGGCGAGAGCGUCCAGACCGUGCAACAGUGUCGCCUUUUGCCCUUCGGAUCCUCACUUACUCGCUACUGGAUUGGACAAGUCCAGAGACUAUGGUCUGCAAGUAUGGGAUAUAGAGACUGCAGCAGGAGUCCUACAGGCAGACAUGGAUGCCAAAGCUCAAACGCGGCUUGGCGCGGCAUUGUCGGAGCCGAAGCCGCUCAUGCAGCAUGGUCCUUCAGAAGCUUGCUCCUCCGUCAUCUUCCUGGCCGGAUCAGGCUCGCCUACCAUUGUUGCAGGCAUGGGCGCAAAGUCAUUGCGAUCCUACGACUUGCGCGCUCCUUCGACUCAUCAGCAGAGUUUAGUCUGGUCCACCCGAUCAGUCAAUGGGCUCUGCGCAGACCCAUAUGACAAUCAUCGCUUUGCGAGCUAUGGUGAUGACAAUGUAGUCAAAAUCUGGGACACGAGGUGGCCAGCAGACUCGAUCCUGUCAUUUUCAGAUGACGACGCGAGCGACAAGCGCAAAGCCAGGGACGUAUACCCUGCCAGACGAGCCCUUGAGCCUGUGAAACUGACGGCAAUCGCCUUCAAUUCGUCGCGACGAGGCUUACUCGCUUCUUCAGAACGUGACGAGCGAGCUUUACGAAUCUGGAAUGUCAUUGACGGUCCUGCCAGCAAUGCCCUGGUAGAGCCUCAGCACCGCAAGACAGCUGCGGCAGACUCCGAGGUGCCAGUGCCUCUCAAUCGGUCUCGCCACGAAAUUCCCGGACUGGCGCGGCCGCUGCUCUUCAGCGAAAGCCUUACGCCUGCUUUCUCUCAGCCAAUUGCAGCGUUCGCGUUUGCUGCCCGCACAAAGGGGAAAUCGCAAACGGAGCUUGUGUCUGUUUCGCGUGACGGUCAGAUUGAGCUCGUUCAGCUCGUGCCACCCAUGGAGCUCGCAUGGCAUGUUUCUGGCGAUCUCGUCAUCGCACGAGGCUCGCAGGGCAGGCUACUCAAUCGCGUUCGCGUGCCUCCAGCAGAGGACGAAGAGCCUCAUACGCUCGACCUGGACAUCAGCAGCGUCAUGCGUCGACGGGCCAUCGCAGGCUAUGGUGUCACCAAUCAGUCGAUGGCAUCAGACACCGAGCCCGACCUUGCGGACAUGUGGUCCUGGCUGAAUCAUGUCGAUCGGCUGGCAACGACCACCACGACACGUGUGCGUAGCAUCGAGUUUGACUACCAAGGCAUCCUUUCUAUCGUCCGGGGUAUUGCUCAGGGCGCCCAGAUCGCGAGUACGCCAGAGCGCGCGAGUCCGCAAGGCCGCAGGUCAGAGUCUGCCAUCUCUGUGCUUGAUGAUGUCUCGCGAUCGCUUCGCAAAGGUGAACAAGCCCGCGCGAAGGAUGCCGUGUUUGCAGAAGCUGUCAAAGACUACAACAAGCUGAACAAUGUUCCUGCUUUCGCGCCUGCUGCCACGUCCAGACCGGCGCAAAGACGACUCGCUUUGCACAUGCUCGGUGCUGACUAUGCGCUUGACUCCUUCGAGGAUGCAACAAAACGAUAUGAGAAGGCAGGCCAGCUCGAAAAGGCAGCCGCCUGGACUUUAUUCUCGGGCAACACAGAGCAGGCUGUCAAGAUCUUGCAGCGCAGCAAGGAUCCUCAGAUCAAGCUCAUUGCGCCUGCGCUCGCUGGCUUCCUCGCACAGAAGGACACACUUUCGUCAUCAAAGAAUGCGAUCUUCCGUGAUCUGUGUACUUCCAUCUCGGGCGAGCUCGACAAUCCAUUCUCACGGGCCAUGAUGGCCUACAUUGCCAACGGCGACUGGUCUGACAUUCUCGACGAGCAAGGCCUGCCCCUCCGUGAUCGCAUAGCUGUCGCGCUACGUUUCUUGAGCGACGACGAGCUCGUCAAAAUGCUUCAGCAUCUGGCCAAGUCAGCUGUACAAAGUGGUGAUCUAGAGGGACUCGUCCUGCUCGGUCUGACGCCUUCGGGCUUCGACCUGCUACAAGCCUAUAUCGAUCGAACGGGCGAUGUGCAGACUGCGGCCAUCGUGGCUUCGUAUGCUCCCCAUCGAUGGCAAAGCACGAGAGCCGAACGAUGGAUCGGCGCCUACCGUCGGCUGCUCAACAAAUGGAAGCUGUACGCUCAGCGUGCUCACUUUGACAUUGCACGCGGUGCACGGUCCAGGGCUAUCGCCGUUACACGACCUGUCGUUGCUCCUCCGACUGCCACUCGCAUGUUCGUUCGCUGCAAUUUCUGCAACGAGGUCGUCUCUGCAGGUUCACAGAGUACGCAGACUCGCGCAAGCGAGACGAAGAGGCCGGCAAAUGCGACGGAGCGACGAAAAGUGACGCAUUGCCCCAAAUGCGGCCAGUCGUUCCCGAAAUGCUCAAUCUGUCUGCAAGAUCUCGCAGUGGCAGACGAUUCACAGGCACAUGCUACUGGCGAUAUCAAAGCGAUCGCUUCUGCGUGGUGCUACUGUCAGACGUGUCGGCACGGCGGGCAUGCGAUGCAUAUCCUCGAGUGGUUCAAACGAGGUCACAAGACGUGUCCAGUUGCAGAUUGUGAUUGUGCUUGCUCACGCAUGCGCUGA